UUUGUUUUCUUGCUGUUACAGGAAGAGACAUCACAGCUUUCCCAGAUUGGGAGGAAAAAUAUGGAAUGUGUUUUACCCCUGACUGAACACAACCAAAUGAACUGCACAGACAGUAGUUUGAAAACCAGCAGUUAGCAGUUUGUUCAGCUCCAACAUCACCCAGCACUUUCCAGAGCAAACUCCCUGUGUACAAGAACUGUCGGCCUUCUGACGCUUAUAACCUCAAGUUCUGUUCAUUUAAAAUAUUUCUGCAAAAGAGAAGCACCAGGAACUCACGUUCUGAAAUGGCCAUGGACGAGUAUUUGUGGAUGGUCAUUUUGGGCUUUAUCAUAGCGUUUAUCUUGGCAUUCUCUGUCGGUGCAAACGAUGUUGCCAAUUCAUUCGGUACUGCUGUGGGCUCUGGCGUGGUCACCCUGAGGCAGGCGUGCAUUUUGGCAUCAGUAUUUGAAACCGCCGGCUCGGUGCUGUUGGGAGCGAAGGUAGGAGAGACCAUCCGAAAAGGCAUCAUUGAUGUGAACCUCUACAACGAGACGGUGGAAACGCUGAUGGCCGGGGAAGUGAGUGCCAUGGUCGGUUCAGCUGUUUGGCAGCUGAUCGCGUCCUUCCUGAGACUGCCGAUCUCAGGAACACAUUGCAUCGUUGGCUCUACGAUAGGGUUCUCGCUCGUUGCCAUCGGCACAAAAGGUGUCCAGUGGAUGGAGCUUGUCAAGAUUGUUGCUUCUUGGUUUAUAUCUCCACUGUUGUCUGGUUUCAUGUCUGGCGUGCUGUUUGUGCUGAUCAGGAUAUUCAUCUUAAAAAAAGAGGACCCUGUCCCCAAUGGCCUCCGGGCACUUCCAGUGUUCUAUGCCGCUACGAUAGCAAUCAAUGUGUUCUCCAUCAUGUACACGGGAGUGCCAGUGCUGGGCCUGGUCCUCCCCAUCUGGGCGAUAGCACUCACCUCCCUCGGCGUGGCGCUGCUCUUCGCCCUCUUCGUAUGGCUCUUCGUGUGUCCGUGGAUGCGGAGGAAAAUAGCAGGCAAAUUACAAAAAGAAGGUUCCUUAUCGAGAGUCUCUGAUGAAAGCCUCAGUAAAAUCCAGGGCGUGGAGUCCCCGGUGUUUAAAGAGCUGCCCGGCACCCGGGCAGAGGACGACAGCACCAUUCCCCUCACGGGGCCGGCGGGGGAGGCGCCGGGCGCCCCGGAGGGCGCCCCCAUGGGGAGCCGCCUGCGGGCGCCCUAUGGCAGGGCCUUCUCCAUGACCCCCGGCGCCGCCAAGUCGCCCGUGUCCAACGGCACCUUCGGCCUGGACGGCGUGCCGAGGAGCGACGCGCACGUGUACCACACGGUGCACAAAGACUCGGGGCUCUACAAGGACCUGCUGCACCGCAUGCGCUCCGACGGCGGCCCUGGGGAGCGGGCGGCGCCCGAGAGCGGCUACCGGCUGCUGCGCCGCAACAACAGCUACACGUGCUAUACAGCGGCCAUCUGCGGGCUGCCCGCGCUUGCCGCCUGCAGGGCCCCCGGGCCAGCGCCCGAGGACAGCGAGAAGCUGGUGGCCGACGCCGUGUCCUACUCCAAGAAGCGGCUUCGCUACGACAGCUACUCCAGCUACUGCAACGCGGUGGCCGAGGCCGAGAUCGAGGCGGACGAGGGCGGUGUGGAAGUGAAGCUGGCCUCGGAGCUGGCGGACGCCCUCCAGGCCGGGGAGGAGUUGGUGGAGGAGGAAAAGGAGGAGAAGGACACCGCCGAGGUGCACCUACUGUUCCACUUCCUGCAGGUGCUCACCGCCUGCUUCGGGUCCUUCGCGCACGGUGGCAAUGACGUGAGUAAUGCCAUUGGCCCCCUGGUAGCUCUGUGGCUGAUUUAUAAGCAGGGUGCUGUCCUGCAAGAGGAAGGGACUCCCAUCUGGCUGCUGCUCUAUGGAGGAGUGGGAAUCUGCACCGGCCUCUGGAUCUGGGGGCGGAGAGUGAUCCAGACCAUGGGGAAAGACCUCACUCCGAUCACACCAUCGAGCGGCUUCACCAUUGAGCUGGCCUCCGCGUUCACGGUGGUGAUUGCCUCCAACAUCGGACUUCCGGUCAGCACCACUCACUGCAAGGUGGGCUCGGUGGUGGCUGUGGGCUGGAUCCGCUCGCGGAAGGCCGUGGACUGGCGCCUCUUCCGGAACAUCUUUGUGGCCUGGUUUGUGACUGUCCCCGUGGCUGGCCUGUUCAGUGCUGCUGUCAUGGCCCUCCUCAUGUAUGGGAUCCUUCCAUACGUGUGAUGUCUUCCUCCAGCCAGUGCACAAGGGGUAGUGUGGUGUGGGUCCGUGUGGGAGGUGUGUGUCCAUGCUCCUGCCCAUACAUGGGCUCCCAGCCGGCAUCUCCGUGUCCCUUUCAUACGGUUCCAAACAUAUUGUUCGCCUAGGCUGUAGAGUCACCCUCCAGAGCUCACUUAGCUACUGUACAUGAUGUGUGCAUUAAACUGGUAUUGUGGUGAUAUAACAUGGUGCAGUUGCUUACAUAUUAAAUACAUACUGUAUACAUAGAAUAGGUAGCAUUAUUUCAAACAUAUUCAAAAUGGAGUGGAGAUAAUUGCCUAGAAUUCAGUGUUCAACACAUCUUUGUACAUAAUAAUUUCAGUAGCAAACUUUAAGAACCUUUUAAAAAGAAAAUGUAGAUUGGAAAAUAUUUUUCCCAUUUAAUACAGUGUAAGAUUGUGUUGUGGGAUGGAUGAUCCAAAUUUCUGGAGGUGUGCUUACGGUGGUGUGCUAUUGAAUAAUACUGGAACAGGAGUUCACAAGUGCUUUCACUGAAGAAUUUGUUCAUAUACUGUGUACUGAUUAUGUAAUAUAUCACAAUUGCAUUUGUAAAUACUUCAAAGUGUAAUUUUUUUUAAUGGUGUGCUUCCCUUAUACUAUUUGGGUCAGAGAAUUUUGGAAAGUACCAAAGAAGCAGGGGAUAGUUUGCCAGUGUUACAUUUUCACACUGUCUCCCCUUCCCAUGUCUGCCUGGGGUGUAGUGAGACUGCCAUGCUCUGCCCCACUCCAAGCAGUGUACAUGGGGAGGCUCCCUGGCCCCCAGCACUGCCGCCAUGUGCCAGGCAGUGGUCGCCCCAUGGUGGCCCCUCACCAUCAUCGGUGUAGGGAGCGUGCAGACAUGAGGACAUGUGAUCAAGCACUACAUACAAGUCCAGCCUAAAUCUCCCUCUUUGCCCCUGCAGCCUGGAGAACGGGGUUCUUGUCUCAGACACUGAGGCUAGUGCUUUGACGUUCUAGAUCUGGGGCGGGGAGAGAUGACAUAUCAGACAAUACACUGGAUUUGAGGAUCUCCUCGAGGCCUUUACCAAGCUGACCGUCCUGAGGCUCCACUGUGGUCCCAGUGGAGGCGUCUUUUUUGAUAGUGGGAGGGAAGAAGUAUGACUGUGUUAGAGCCUGAAACUAUGGACAUGCUGCUAAUAUUUUUAUAUUGACAAACAUUUUCUUGGUACUUCAUUGUGAUUUUUCAUUAAUCAACCACAUUAAAUUUAUAAUAAAAAUGCCCCUCAAAAGUU